AUGGCCUUGAACGAAAAACAACGCUCCGUUUGCGACAGUUCAGACUUUCUGGGGACAGAGGAUUAUAAGCUUCCUCCCACCUAUGUUUCGGACCUUCUCUUAUACACGUUUCACUACUCCUGUGUGAGAGACCCGGCCACGAAAAUUUUCUGCUCUCCGUACUUCUUCAAAUGGAACACUAAAGAGAAUGCAACGUCUGCCGAGCUGUGUUCGGACUGCAACCUGCUCGUUCAGCAGGCUCAUUUGGAUUUUCCUAUCGGAUACGAUGAUGAAUUGGCCAGCGCACACUCGUCACUGGCGUCGUCAUGCGGAGUUGCCAAAUACCCAAUCACUUCUCAACCUCCAUACACUUUAAAUGAAGCAACCACUGCAACGAUAACGGCUCCUCCCAACAAUCCUACGCAGACCGACUCCAGAUCUGCUUCUUCAAGCUCGAAACUCCGUCCUGGUGCGGGAUACAAAAAGGGCCCUGGCUUCCAUAUGGAUAAACCAGUACCUCAACGCAUCCCCAACAAAGUUACCAACAAAGUUACCAACGCACAUGCGACAGUUGUCCGCAUCCCAUACACCCCGAAACCUCUGCCUCUGGCACCCGGAACCGCGGAUUCCUGCAAGUCGUAUGAGCACUAUAGGGGGCCCAUAUAUUACCUCAGGGGGAAAAACGUGAAUGAGUGUCUGUGGCUUGCGUCGGCCUACAGGGUUGACAUUGACGAAUUGAUCUCAUGGAAUCCGUCCCUCUCUUUCGAUGAAGCGAAUCCAUCUGCCUGUGCCAUCUCGCAGGGCUAUCGCUACUGCGUCAGCAGGCCCGAAAAGACGGCGGGCAACUCCUCCAACAUCACUACAGCCUCUUCCACUAAAAAAAAUUCUUCAGAGCCAGCAAGAAUCACACAAUCCCCUGGCGAUGGGAGCGACAUGCAGAAGAAACUUGAGAGCCUCUAG